UUCGGAGCUAUGGCGGCCGUGCAGGACCAGGACGUGUUUUUAGGUUUUGACUUCAGCACUCAGCAGUUGAAGGUCUUGGCUUUGGACUCGGAGCUGCAGGUUCUUCUUGAGGAUCAUGUGCAGUUUGACUUGGACCUCCCAGAGUUCAGGACACAGGGUGGAGUUCACAUACAUUCAGACAGACUGACCGUCACCUCUCCUGUGCUCAUGUGGGUCCAGGCUCUGGAUAAACUGCUGAACAAAAUGAAGUCUUCUGGGUUUGACUUCUCCAGAGUGAGGGCGCUGUCAGGGAGUGGACAGCAGCAUGGCAGUGUGUUCUGGAGGAAAGGAGCUGCACAGACCCUCAGAACACUGGAUCCGGACUUGGAUCUGUCUAAGAUUCUCCAGGAGAGCUUCUCGGUGCAGUACAGUCCUGUUUGGAUGGACUCCAGCGCCAAGCCUCAGUGUGAUGCUCUGGAGAGAGCAGCAGGGGGCGCUCUAAGACUGGCUCGCAUCACUGGCUCCAAAGCCUACGAGCGUUUUACAGGAAACCAGAUCUCCAAAAUGUUCCAGACUCAUCCAGAGGAGUUUCAGCAGACAGAGAGGAUUUCGUUGGUGAGCAGUUUUGCCGCUUCUCUGUUCCUCGGGGGUUAUGCCCCCAUCGACCUCAGUGAUGGAUCUGGGAUGAACCUCUUGGACCUGUCUCUGAGGGACUGGUCUGAUCUCUGUCUAAAUGCCUGUGCUCCAGGACUGCGCCCCCUGCUGGCUGCGCCUGUGCCCUCCUCCUCUGUCCUGGGACCUGUUUCCUCAUAUUUUGUGAAGCGUUUUGGAUUCUCAGAGAGCUGCAGAGUUGUGGCCUUCACCGGAGACAAUCCUGCGUCUCUGGCUGGGAUGAGGCUGCAGCCUGGAGACAUUGCUGUGAGUUUAGGCACCAGCGACACUGUGUUCCUGUGGCUGCAGUUCCCCCGUCCUGCACUAGAGGGCCACGUCUUCAUCAACCCUGUGAACACACAGGACUACAUGGCCCUGCUCUGUUUUAAGAACGGCUCUCUAGUGAGGCAGAGAAUCCGGGACGAGCUCGGGGGGUCCUGGGGUCACUUCUCUUCCGCUCUGAGCAGCUCUCCUCUGGGCAACCAUGGGAACAUCGGCUUUUAUUUUGAUGUGUUGGAGAUCCUUCCUGCCGCUGUGGGAGUGCACCGCUUCGACGCUCAGGACAACAAGGUGUCCUCGUUCCCCACUCACACUGAGGUCCGGGCACUCGUGGAGGGACAGUUUUUAUCCAAACGUCUUCACGCAGAACGCCUCGGAUACACCAUCGUUCCUGGAACCCGAGUUUUGGCGACGGGCGGAGCCUCUUCAAACCUGCAGAUCCUUCAGGUGUUGUCAGACGUGUUUAAUGCUCCGGUCUACACCAUCGACAGCUCAAACUCCACCUGCCUCGGGUCUGCAUACAGAGCUCUGCACGGUCUUGUGGCAGAGUCUGGCGUCUCGUUUUUCGAUGCAGUAAAAAAUGGAUCAGAGCCAAAACUCAUCGCAACUCCACAUCCUCAGGCAAAACAGGUUUAUGAUGAGAUGCUGAAACGCUUCACCCGAUUGGAGGAAAGAGUCCUACAGGAGUUCCACCCCCAUGACUGACCAACCAAUCACAGCACAGCUCUGACAUGAUUUUUUUUUAAAGUUUUUAAUAAUGUGAACAGUUCUGAAAUAUGUGUGAAUGUAAAUGUAAAUGCAAAUGAAAACUACUUAUAUUUUAAUUAAUUAAAAACAUAAUUCUCA